AUGUUUAAAGGCAAAACUGCAUUAGUCACAGGCGGAUCUCGAGGAAUUGGACUUGCAAUCAGUAAGAAGUUAGCCAUUGAAGGAGCAGCAGUAUCAUUAUUAGCUAGAAAUGAAACCAUAUUGCAACAAUCAUUACUGGAACUAGCGACUGAUCAUGGUCAAACCCAUACAUAUCACUCAUUGGAUUUGACAAGUCUAUUGUUACGCAAUCCACAGGAUUUGAAUUUUGGAUCUCCUACAAUAUUAGUAAACUGUGCUGGAGUUACUAAUCAUUCCUUGUUACUUCGUAUGACACAAGAAGAAAUCGUUAACACAAUCAAUUUAAAUCUAACGGUUCCCAUACUACUAAGUCAAAUGGUGGUGAAGAAUAUGCUUCGCCAAAAAGGGUCUGAUCCAACAAUAUUAAAUAUUUCUUCAGUAUUAUCAAUGACUGAACAUUUUAUACCAGGGACUUCGGUGUAUGCUGCAUCUAAGGCUGGCUUAUUAGGAUUUACUAAAAGUCUAUCAAAAGAAUUAAGAGGGAAAAUUAGAAUCAAUGCAUUGAUGCCCGGAUUAGUCAAAGAAACAGAUAUGGGGAAUAAAGUCAUGGCAGAUAUAAAUCUGGUUCUGGUUGAGUCGGUAGCAAAUGAAGCUAUAAGAAUAUUACAAGAUACAAAAUUAAAUGGAGAAUGCAUUGUAUUGGAUAAAUAG